AUCUCAUCUGUUUUUUCGUUAUUUCUUUUUUCGGGUUAAGCCAUGCCGUCAGUUCCCUCGUCGAAAGAGACUCCCGUCAAGGGCCCCGUCUGCCCCCACGCUGCCAAACUGCUCAACCACACCAAUGGAGAAGCCAAACUCCGGGAGGGUUCGUUCCCACAGAACGGGGUUGACAAGCUGCCCGCAGUGGACGCCGAGGAGGCCAACGGAGCCCUUCAGCUGAACACACAGAAUGCUGCUGCUGAGAGGAAAUGGAUCCGGCCCGACCUGCCCAGCCGCUGCAAAUGGAGCCUGGGAGCCUCAAAAGCAGAGUCCCCUCAUACACAAGUUCCAAGGGGGGUUAAUCCAACCAUUCUUCCAAACAUCCUGCACAGGAUUGGUGAGACUCCCAUGGUGCGCAUCAACAAGAUCCCCAAAGCGUUUGGACUCCGUUGUGAAAUAUUGGCCAAGUGUGAGUACUUCAACGCUGGCGGCAGUGUCAAGGACAGGAUCAGUCUACGGAUGGUGGAGGAUGCUGAGAGAGCCGGCCUCCUCAAGCCUGGAGACACCAUUAUAGAGCCCACCUCUGGAAACACUGGUAUCGGAUUGGCGCUGGCUGCAGCUGUGAAAGGCUACCGCUGCAUCAUCGUCAUGCCUGAGAAAAUGAGCAUGGAGAAGGUGGAUGUCUUGAGAGCUCUUGGAGCAGAGAUCGUCCGUACACCCACCAGCGCUCGCUUCGAUUCGCCAGAGUCUCAUGUGGGCGUCGCCUGGCGCCUGAAGAACGAGAUCCCCAACUCGCACAUCCUGGACCAGUACCGUAACCCGAGCAAUCCCCUGGCUCACUACGACACCACAGCCGAAGAGAUCCUGGAGCAGUGCGACGGUAAAGUGGACAUGCUGGUGGCAGGAGCAGGCACAGGAGGAACCAUCACAGGCAUCGCCCGCAAACUAAAGGAAAGAUGCCCCAACAUCAAAAUUGUCGGUGUCGACCCAGAGGGCUCAAUCCUCGCUGAGCCGGAGGAAAUGAACAAGACUGAUAAAACCCAGUAUGAGGUGGAGGGCAUCGGGUACGACUUCAUCCCCACUGUGCUCGACAGAUCAGUAGUUGAUAGCUGGUACAAGUCCAACGACGAGGAGUCCUUCAACAUGUCUCGUAUGCUGAUCAGAGAUGAGGGUCUGCUGUGCGGAGGCAGCUCUGGGACGGCCAUGGCUGCAGCAGUAAAUGUCGCCAAAGAACUGAAGGAGGGUCAGCGCUGUGUCGUCAUCCUGCCAGAUUCCAUCCGCAACUACAUGUCCAAGUUCCUGAGUGACAAGUGGAUGGUCCAGAAAGGCUUCCUGAGGGAGGAGGACCUCAUGGUGAAAAAACCAUGGUGGUGGAACCUGAAGCUUCAAGGCUUGAACAUGUCCGCCCCCCUCACCGUCCUGCCAACUGUCACCUGUCAGAAGACGAUCAAAAUCCUCAAAGAGAACGGCUUCGACCAGGCGCCCGUGGUGGAUGAAGCUGGGUUAAUCCUGGGCAUGGUGACCUUAGGGAAUAUGUUGGCCUCUAUUCUGGCUGGGAAGAUCAGGCUGUCAGACCCAGUCAGCAAAGUGCUCUACAAGCAGUUCAAACAGAUCCGUCUGACUGAUAACUUUGGAAAGUUGUCCCGCAUCCUGGAAACCGAUCACUUUGCCCUGGUGGUACACGAACAGAUCCAAUGCCUGGAAAACUGUCAAAUGCUGGCGCCACCCAGUGACCUAACAGACGGCUCUCCCAGUCUGAAGCAGAUGGUCUUCGGGGUGGUCACAGCUGUCGACCUGCUCAACUUCGUCACAGGCGUGGAGAGGAGAGAGCGCUCCCUUUCAGAGUCCACCGAUGAGCUGUGCUAAAACACAGUUAUACACCUGACACUUUUUACACUAACAAAACAAACACAAUGGCAAGUUAAGCAAAAGUAUAUUAAAGAUGGCAAAAAAUAAUCUUGCGAAGUUCUGGUUUAGGUUAGCUCUUUUUUCCCACUUAAAAAAAUGUAUAAAUACAUUUUUUUUUUAUGUUUAAACCUGAGUCUUAAGGUACAAUCAAGUGAUGGAGCUUGUUAAGCCAGCCAGUCAAGUUGUGAUAUUGUUUUAAGCAGUUGAUUAUUACUUAAUAUAUCUGCUUGUAGUGCACAAAGCAAAUCUUUUUUAAGUUUGUAACUCCUAGAAAGUGUUUGUUUUAUAUUAUCUUAAAUAUUGAGGCCUUUGUUUUGCUUUUUUUAUUUGUCUGAUAACUUCAUGAUUGUUCCGCUGUGGCCUCGUGUGUCAGUAAUUAGAAAUAAGACAUAAUUUAGUCUCAAUCAUCUUGUUAAUCAAGAAUAAACAGGUGGAUGUUUGCUGUAUAUAAGUAAGUGCUGCUUUUUCAUCUCUGUGUGUCUUUAUGUAUGCACACAAAGAGAAAUACAUGUGGAGUAUAAUAUUUUUUCUUUCAUGCCAUCAUGUGGCGUUCUCUCCCUCUGCUGUUUCAGUGCCAGAGUUUGACUGUAAAAUGUCCUUCACUAUUUAAUCGUAGCUGUGUCUGGAAGAAACGUUUUGUAUUGCAUAAUUUUUCUUUAAUUAAUGUAUGAUUAUAAUAAAGUUUAAAGAAAUCCUGCA